CCCCGGUAACGGUCGCUGGUGAGUUUAAAUGAGCCGGGGCUGGCCGGGCCGGAGCCGCUACGGGGGGGGCCUGAGGCACUGCAGAAAGUGGGCCUGAGCCUCAAGGAUGACGGUGCUGCAGGAACCCGUCCAGGCUGCUAUAUGGCAAGCACUAAACCACUAUGCUUACCGAGAUGCAGUUUUUCUUGCAGAACGACUGUAUGCAGAAGUACACUCAGAGGAAGCCUUGUUUUUAUUGGCAACCUGUUAUUACCGCUCAGGAAAGGCAUAUAAAGCAUAUAGACUCUUGAAAGGACACAGUUGUACUACACCGCAGUGUAAAUACCUGCUUGCAAAAUGUUGUGUUGAUCUCAGCAAGCUUGCAGAAGGGGAACAGAUCUUAUCUGGUGGAGUGUUUAAUAAGCAGAAAAGCCAUGAUGAUAUUGUUACUGAGUUUGGUGAUUCAGCUUGCUUUACUCUUUCAUUGUUGGGACAUGUAUAUUGCAAGACAGAUCGGCUUGCCAAAGGAUCAGAAUGUUACCAAAAGAGCCUUAGUUUAAAUCCUUUCCUCUGGUCCCCCUUUGAAUCAUUAUGUGAAAUAGGUGAAAAGCCAGAUCCUGACCAAACAUUUAAAUUAACAUCUUUACAGAACUUUAGCAACUGUCUGCCCAGCUCUUGCACAACACUAGUAUCUAAUCAUAGUUUAUCUCAUAGACAACCCGAGACCGUUCUUACAGAAACACCCCAGGACACAAUUGAAUUAAACAGACUGAAUUUAGAAUCUUCCAAUUCAAAGUACUCCUUGAAUACAGAUUCCUCAGUGUCUUAUAUUGAUUCAGCUGUAAUUUCACCAGAUACUGUCCCUCUUGGAACAGGAACUUCCAUAUUAUCUAAACAGGUUCAAAAUAAACCAAAAACUGGUCGAAGCUUAUUAGGAGGACCAGCUGCUCUUAGCCCAUUAACCCCAAGUUUUGGGAUUUUGCCAUUAGAAACCCCAAGUCCUGGAGAUGGAUCCUAUUUACAAAACUACACUAAUACAUCUUCUGUAAUUGACGUGCCAUCUACUGGAGCCCCUUCAAAAAAGUCUGUUGCCAGAAUCGGCCAAACUGGAACAAAGUCUGUCUUCUCACAGAGCGGAAAUAGUCGAGAGGUAACUCCAAUUCUUGUUGCACAAACACAAAGUUCUGGCCCACAAACAAGUACAACACCUCAGGUAUUGAGCCCCACUAUCACAUCUCCCCCAAACGCACUGCCUCGAAGAAGUUCACGACUCUUUACUAGUGACAGCUCUACAACCAAGGAGAAUAGCAAAAAGUUAAAAAUGAAGUUUCCACCUAAAAUCCCAAACAGAAAAACUAAAAGUAAAACUAACAAAGGAGGAAUAACUCAACCUAACUUAAAUGAUAGCCUGGAAAUUACAAAAUUGGACUCGUCCAUCAUUUCAGAAGGGAAAAUCUCCACAAUCACACCUCAGAUCCAGGCAUUUAAUCUGCAGAAAGCAGCAGCAGAAGGUUUGAUGAGCCUUCUUCGUGAAAUGGGGAAAGGUUAUUUAGCUCUGUGCUCGUACAACUGCAGAGAAGCUAUAUAUAUCUUGAGCCACCUACCUUCUCACCACUACAAUACUGGUUGGGUACUGUGCCAAAUUGGAAGGGCCUAUUUUGAACUUUCAGAGUACAUGCAGGCUGAAAGAAUAUUCUCCGAGGUUAGAAGGAUUGAGAAUUACAGAGUCGAAGGCAUGGAGAUCUACUCUACAACACUUUGGCAUCUUCAGAAAGAUGUUGCUCUUUCAGUUCUUUCAAAAGACUUAACAGACAUGGAUAAAAAUUCACCAGAGGCCUGGUGUGCUGCAGGGAACUGUUUCAGUUUGCAACGGGAACAUGAUAUUGCAAUUAAAUUCUUCCAGAGAGCUAUCCAGGUUGAUCCAAAUUAUGCUUAUGCCUAUACUCUACUAGGGCAUGAGUUUGUGUUAACUGAAGAAUUAGACAAAGCAUUAGCUUGUUUUCGAAAUGCUAUCAGAGUCAAUCCGAGACAUUACAAUGCAUGGUAUGGCUUAGGAAUGAUUUAUUACAAGCAAGAAAAAUUCAGCCUUGCAGAAAUGCAUUUCCAGAAAGCACUUGAUAUCAACCCUCAAAGUUCAGUUUUACUUUGCCACAUUGGAGUAGUUCAGCAUGCACUGAAAAAAUCUGAGAAGGCUUUGGAUACCCUAAACAAAGCCAUUGUUAUUGAUCCCAAGAACCCUCUAUGCAAAUUUCACAGAGCCUCAGUUUUAUUUGCAAAUGAAAAAUAUAAGUCUGCUUUACAAGAACUUGAAGAAUUGAAACAAAUUGUUCCCAAAGAAUCCCUCGUUUACUUCUUAAUAGGAAAGGUUUACAAGAAGUUAGGUCAAACGCACCUCGCCCUGAUGAAUUUCUCUUGGGCUAUGGAUUUAGAUCCUAAAGGAGCCAAUAACCAGAUUAAAGAGGCAAUUGACAAGCGCUACCUUCCAGAUGAUGAGGAGCCAAUAACCCAAGAAGAGCAAAUCAUGGGAACAGAUGAAUCCCAGGAGAGCAGCAUGACAGACGCAGACGACACACAACUUCAUGCAGCUGAAAGUGAUGAGUUUUAACUUCCGGAAACCAGACUUUUGCAACUGGAUGUGUGAUUAGUGCUGACAUGUUUCUUGUCCCUCCAUAUACUGAGUCUUCACUCUUGAGCCGGCAGUGUCAUCAUCCAUCACUUAGACAAUGAGUGUGCCACUUUCAUUGGACCCUGACUGUACACAGAAUGAAAGGCAGUGCAAUAUUUAGCUGCUAACAAGACUGGCUCUUUCACCAGUACGAAUGACAAUUUAGGGGGGUAAGAUGGGGAACUUUCUUUUCUUUUCUUUUCUUUUUUUUUCUUUAAUCUCCCUUUGUUGAAAGCUAUCAUGGAAGGAAGAGUUAAUGUUUUAUCUUGAAGGAACCGUUAGGUAUGGAAAAUAGUGAUGAACCAGAAUUUUUUGGUCGUUUUCCAAAAAUUUGUUUUCAUUUGGUUCUGUUCCUGAUUAACAGAGUGACUGACCUUCAUUUCUAGGUUCUUCAAGAAUGGUGUUAGCAAGUGCCAGAUGGAACAAUAAAAGACAUUGCCUAUAACAGAGUAACUUGAUUGCCAAGGAAUGUAAAUUACCUUAAACUUGCAGUGUCUCCCAUAAACAAAUGUAAUGGGCAUAUUGGGACUCAUGUGUAGGAAUCAAAUAUCCCUCCAUACAGCGUACACUUAUUCUUGGCAAGAAUGCUUUAAUGUCUAACCAAGAAUUUUAAUUUAUUCAUCUUGCUUCAAAGUGUUGAUCAUUGUCUUGGUAUUGCAGACUUUCAAGUUGUUCCCUUACCAUUUUGCCUCUUCUCUUUGAGCUCUGUGGGAUCACCUUAAACAUUCAGAGAUGAUAGAGUGUUUGCCCACUGAAAAGCCAAAACAAGGCCCUUAAUAACCAUUUAUGUUCACCAUAAGAAUCAAAAUGAGAACACUAAAGUGGAGAGACUUAAAAGAGAUCAUGAUAGCAAAGCCUUAAUACAAUCAAAAUUGUACCAUGACCUUGAAUCUAUAUUUGUUCAAGAAAGUAUCCCUUUGACUUUUCUAAGUGUUUAAGCAGGGUGCAAGAAUGUGUAGUUACCUUUGGUUGAGGUCAUUUCCAUUCUUUUCAGCUCUCUGCUUCAAAUUAUUUUCAGUAGUGUGAGUCACCAAAACGUUUACCAAGAGUGAUUGGGUUUAGGGUAUUAGAAAUUUUUAGCUGGGGGGAAAAAAAAAACAACCAUUCUUAUGAAGGAGAUGAGUUCUCUCCUGAGUGUGUCGUAAUAUAGAUUGGUGUCUUUGGGGAAUGGCCACAAUUUUAAAGAUCUAAUUAUGCAUAAUAAAAUGGGAAUUGUUGGAAUUUCACAGUAACAGAUUUAAAGUCUUAAAUUGUGUAUCUCCUUUAUUGUAAUGUAUUGAAAUUUUUAGAGAAACUUUAGUUGUUAACAUUUUUUUUUAAGUGCCAAUGUCAGAAUAUAACAAAUUAUAGUUUCUUACGAAUGACAGGCCUACGGUUAUUAUUUUGGAUUCUUUGAUGAAGGACAAAUUUAUCUACUGGUUACCUGUAUGUGUUAGUCAAGUUGUGAAAAUAAGGUGGACUACAGAAGAUGUGAAGAAAAUUUUAGCCUGUAGACUCAGUUACUUUCUAUCAUUUACUAUUAAUCUCACUUGAAUGUGGAUUAGAUACCAUUAUAAAUUAAUUCAAGUCCGAGUCUUAGAUUAGGUAAUUGGUGCCAGAGAGGUAUUUAACAAAAUUUCCUACCUAAAUCUAUGUAAUAUGUGCUGCUUAAAAAAAUAAUUUAUAAGAAAAAAGAAAGUUUGGGAGUAAAUGAAGAUCAUUAAAAAUUCCCAAAGGCUAGCACUUGGAUUCUAACAAAUAUUCCAUUUUAUUCAUUAGUUCUGUAAUAUUUAAUUUUAUACUCUUUUAUUUUUUUUAAUUGGCAAAUCAUAAGCCAGCGCUAUAACAGUAUCAAAUAGAGAAUUUCAUAGAAAGCUUCAACCUGAGCUCUGUUACAAAGCCUAGAGAACGCUAAGCUCAGAACAUAAUUUGCUGAUGUAUAGUUAUCUUUUCUAUAGUAGGAAUUUAUGUCCUGUGCCAGAGGUGAGAGCCUUUCUGGUACUUAUUUUGAGACCAAGCAUAAAAAGAUAGUUGUGGAGGGUACACCAUGGCAGUGGCUGGCUGAGGGACACUCAGCCUAAGCUUAGCCUGAUUUCAUUUUCCUCACACCUACUUUCAAAAUAUUUAGGUAUUUGAAGCCUUAUUCCCACCUAGUAACUGUUUUUGGCUUGCUUGCUUUUUUUUUUUUUUUUUUUUUUUUUUGGCUUUUUUUUCCCCCUUUUUUUGCCUGGAAUGAAGAUCAAACAAUCAGAAAAAGACAUACGUUUUGAUCAAGCAAAAUGUUUGAAAUUUCAGAAGUUACUUUGAAGGAAAUUUAAAAUACAAGAACUUUAACAUCCUUUUUUAACUCUUUAAGCUUUUCACACACAUACAUAUAUGUGUACACACACACACUCUUGUUCAGAAGUUAUGUUGUGGCAUUGGAUAUUUUUCCCCCUUGGAAAUAGUUCUUAACUCUGGGAUUUUAGAAGGUUGGAAAUAUUUUUUCAAGCGAACAAUGGUACUCAAAAUAAUGAAAGGUGGUCCCUACUUUUUCUGUAUUUCAUUAUUUUAAAAUUCUUGUUUUUUCCAAGAACUGCAAGUUACAUUUGAACCAUGCUGCUGUUGUACCUUAAACAAAAACUCAGUGAUAACCAGUAUUUAGUCUAUUAAAAAUGCUCUUUUUGAAGAAAAAAGUUUGAAAGUCUCUGAUUAGCCAGAGUAUAGUAUGGGUCUUCACUGAGAAAUAUGGUGACCUGUUUUCUUUGUGAAAACCUGGGAAAAUGCAAGUGUGGGUGUGAUGUGUGUGUUCUAUUUGCAUUGAAACAAUGUAAUUAUGUCUUUUUUUUUUUUUUCUUUUCCUGACUUAUUUCAGAAGUUGUACAGUCCUGGGGGGUGGGGGGGGGCGGGGAGGGGGAGGGGAAAGCCUUUUCUGUUAAUAUAUUUGCAAUUCAUUAAAGGAUACAGAAAAUCCAAAUAAAUUACUUUUGAAAGCAAUUUAUAAUCAAGUGGUUGAAGAUAUACAACAGCUGUGCCAUCUGUAUUUUUAUAGUAAGGCUCAGCAAAAUAGUAAAAAGUUAAGUUUUACAUUCCACAAAAGUCUAGGGCAGUGUUUCUCUAAUUUUUUUUUUUUUUAACUUACACCCUCUUCAAAUACAUACAUACACUUUUUUUUUUUUUUAACUCACAUCCUUUUUUAGUAUUUGGAAUUUCAAAAUUAAUAUUGUGACCAAAAUGUGGUAAUUUUUAGAGUAUAUAUUUUUUUCAAACAACAGAAGCCCUUUGCCAGCAGCUGCUACUUUGCAACUCACCUCCUUGUUCUUUAAUCAUAUAUAUGACUUCCAAAAUUUAUUUAAAAGGGAUACAAAGCUUUUUUGUUCCAUUCAGGAUCUGUUUUAAAAAUCACGAAAAAAAAUCCUAAGAGAAGUAGAACAUAGAAACUAAAUUUUACUCUGGUCUGAUUAUCUUGGAUACAGUGUAGAGAGCUGAAUGGUUUUGUUCAGACGGCAAGAAGGAGUAGUAACAGAAAACACGUGAAGUGGGAUUGGUCGGAUCAGGGGGAGCAAGACCAUAGUCUUCCCUAGGACCUGCUAUUUACUGUCAGCUGGACAGGGAUAACUAGAAGUGUAGACAGGAAGCAGUCGUUGGCUUGUUUAGCUGCUAAUUAAUGGUUCGGUAUAGGUUUUAUUUUUCUUUCUAAGCGCAAAGUUCGCUAAAUAGCCACAUUUAACGAGAGCUUGCCAUAUAUACUGUGUUACUUGAUCUGUACACAGUAUUUUCAGUCUUCAAUCCUGUAAAGUAGGUAUCCCUCCAUUUUACAAAAGAGAAAACCAGGUCAGCUAUUAGAUGAUGGGGCUGGACACUUUGGCAUUAGUGUAUGGAUUUCCUCUGAGAAUUUCAAAUCAUGUCUAAUUUUGACUGUUAGGUGUCCUCUCUAGCAUUUUUAAAUUGUCUACUAAAGAGUAUCCUAACAGUUUGGGUUUUACAGAGGAAAUUUUAGUAUUUAGAUGCUAAAAAUAUCAUGUGUGUAGUCCGUGGAUGGCGCGUUGAUCUGUAUCCUCCCUCUCUGUUUUUCCUCUCACACUGAAAUUAAAAGCGUGUUCUCUCUCCUUGAA